UUUGUGACAUAUAGCAUGUUUUUCUGUUUACUUUUACUAGCGUUUAAAAAUAUUUUUAUUUGCGUCACGAUGUACAAACUCAACCACCCAAAAAAUUAAUCGUGUUCAAAAUAGUGACGGACGAAUACAGACGUCAGACUGUAUUCGAUGUGGAGCCGGUUGUUGAUGUGGGCGUUACGUGUCAAGUAACUGCUUGACAGCAGCGAAGGUCAUUGCUGUCUGAAGAUACUAUGUUCUGUGAUAACAGAAGUCCGCUAUGUUCAAACUGGAAUCAUACAUCACACCUAUAUUACUUAGUUAUGUGGAUAAAUACAUAAAAAAUUUCAGACAUGAAGAUUCACAGGUUUCUUUAUGGGGAGGAGAUGCUUCCUUUCACAAUCUGGAGCUUCGACUUGAAGUCUUGGAGCAAGAACUGCAGCUGCCAUUCAGCUUUGCAAGUGGCCACAUACAUGAACUCCUGAUUCACGUACCUUGGACGAAGUUGAAUUCUGAGCCUAUAAGCAUCACAAUAAACACUAUUGAAUGCAUUUUGAACUUAAAAAAUGAAGAUACUGUGUGUCCAGAAGCAGUCGGUCAUUCAGGAACUACCGGUGUUGCCGCAAAGGAAUCACGUAGGAAACCAAGGAACCAAGAGAACAUUUCUGCACCUCCAGGAUAUGUUCAGAGUAUGGUCAACAGGAUAGUCAGUAACAUUAAUGUCCAAUGUAACAAUUUGAUUUUGAAAUAUGUGGAAGAAGACAUUGUUUUAUCAGUAAAUGUGAAAACUGUGACUCUUCAGUCUGCGAACAACGAAUGGAAGCCAUCAUUCGCAGAUGUUUCAUCUGUGGAUGUUACACUCAGAAAAGUAGUUUCUCUGACCGACCUCACAAUAUGCCUUGAUAAGAGAAAUGCUUCAGGGAAGAUUGAAAUGUACCAGGAGCCUUUGCUGUAUCGAUGUUCCCUGGAUAUUCGACUGCUUUGCAGUUAUCUGUCACCUAAAUCAAAACGAGCCAAGGUGACACGAAUUGAUGUGCAUUGUGGCCGCAUGGAUUUCAGUUUGACAGAACAACAAGUGCCAAUGUUGAUGCGUUUAGUGCUAUUACUUCGUGCACUUCAUAGUAGAGAGUUGCAGAGGAGCAUGCGCAAGGACAGCAGUACUGGAAGUCAUCCGAUCGUUGAGGACACAGAUCAGGAUCUAGAUGGUGAUGAAGAUGAUAAUGGAGGUGAUGAUGAAGAAAAAGCAGAAGAAUCUUGGGCUGGCUGGGCUUUGAGCUUUGUUCCUUCACUAUAUCCAGCACACGGAACAGAGGAGUGGGAAAAUGACCAGUACAUUCCAGUACCUGGUCCUACAAUGCACGCUGGUUUUUAUAUGGAACAGGCUUCAAUUUCGUUGAAGGUAACAGAAAGCACAUCAGAGAGGAGUUACUAUGGACCACGUAAGGUGAAGUUUGUGCCUUUUUUAUUUCUUCAGCUGCAAGGCUGCUACGGUGAUGUUAUGAUGCAUGGCUCAAGGUGGCUUAAUGCUCGAAUGGGAAUCAGUUAUGCUUCUUUGGAACCUCAUGGUGAUUGCUUCUGUGGUGUGAAAGAGAAUGGAGGGGAUAUGGAUGUAAAAUUCUUCUCUGCCGGUCAUAAACAGGAAAAUUAUCUGGCAGAUUCUCUAUUUGAUGUUGACUCUGUUGAAAACAAGGGAAGGAAGAGAAAUUACAAUAUACUGUGGGAUUUUCAUGUUGACACAAUCACAGAAGCUUUACUUUUGGAGAAGACUCCUGCCUUAGCGUUUGAUUACCUGUACAUGUUAGAACUUCCUGAUGACUUCAAUUCAGAGCGUCUCUCGGAACUAGGCAGCGAUUUGGAAUACAGUAAUCUUCCAGAACGAGCUCUUUGUCGUGUUGUUGUGGGGCCUAUGUUACUGCGGUUAUCUUCUGGACUCUUUCAUCGUCUGCAAGCAGUUCAGGGUGCUGCUUUGCUUUAUGAUUACUGUCCAUACUCGGUACCGAAACCAGAGCCUAGCCGUGAGCAGCUGCCACCAGCUUCAGCAGAGGAUUUUGAGGCGCUUGAAGCCAACAUACCUGUUCAAGUGUUUCAAAUAACAUUCUUCAAACCAGAAAUACAACUGCAGUUGGCGACUCAUCCUCCCUUUGAGCCCUCUGUUAUGCAGGCAAACAGGAAACGCAAGUUUGUGGGCAUUGCCAGCUCUCUGAUUUUGGAUGCCAAUUGUAAGCGAACUACAGUUCUGCUACCAAGCAAUUUAUCAUUCAGUCAGCGGAGCAUUGUCCUUCCUCAGUACUGGGUUGACCCAGCUAUACCUCAUAUAGAGCAAACUGUAGAAACAGAAAUUGUAACUGUGACGUGCACUAAGGCAAAGAUGCUUGUUAUUGAGUGUAUUGUUCAGUCGGUCUUCAAUGCUUCACAUACUAGUAAUAUUAUCAAUACAACAACACUACUGCAGGAUGCCAGAAAGGAAAUGAAUGUGGAAUACUUGGAGAUUGGUGUGGAAGGAGUGGUAUAUCAUCAGGUACUGCUACCACACACAGAUUGCCAUGCAGUGACCGUAGGAGCAGUCCGUGCAUUUGUAUUGCUCCCAAAAUCAGAGAGCGCUACAGACCAGGCUGUUGUAUUAAUUGGACCAGAUACUGCCUCAGCAACAUUACCACUUUUCAGUUGCUCAUUACAGCGACCACUUUCACCCAAGAUCCAGUCUCACCCUCCAUUGCUGGGAUUCCAUUUGAGAGAGGUCAACAUUUCAGUUGAUCCUCUUUUGUGGAGAUGGCUACAGUACACUCCUCAUACAGUGACCACCAGGAUGCCUUCAGUAGACCGUAUUACAACAAGUGCUCCAUCUACUUCUGGUGGCCAGCGACGUGUCCGCAGAAUGUCGGAAGGUAGCAGAGCACCAACACCACAAGAAUCAGUACACAGCAGUUCUGAUCGUGAGAUGGGUCCAGUACCUACACCAUCUAUGAAUAUUGAGGAAGUGACUGUACCAGAUGAAGCUGUAAUACAGACAUCCUGGUGGUCACGUGAGUGGGCACUGGAAUGGUUUCCUGUUUGGCGAGGCUUAGUCAUAUGUGGUGACUUGCGCCAUUCCACUCUGUACCUUCCAACGGAGACACUCUCUGCUGUGGGUUCACAUUCUGUUGAGGAGGCAUUGCAGCAGUCUCCCACCUGCUGUGCUCUCAUACUGUGUUUUCCUUCCAUCGUGUUGCGCACCAGUUCACCUGCCAAUACCAGUGGCAUGCAUCUUGAAGUUUCUUGUUUAUCUCGGAAAUUUCCUAUUGAGCUCCCACCUGCUGUCUGGAACAAAGAGAAAAUGACUUUCCCAUGGAGUAUUUCAAUGUCAGAUCUUAGUAUCUGCACAUUUCAGAAAUCAAGGCAGUUGCAUUUUCUCAAGCCUGUUUCUGCUACAGCAACUGUUGCCAUAACUACAAAAUAUAAAACAGAUGAGACCUCUUUAUCUUCAUUGUAUUUCUGUGUUCACAUUGAUACCACACCAGUGAAGUUAGCAGUAUCGCAGAUUCAGAUGAGUCUGAUGGCAAGAGUAAUUUUUGAUGUCUUGGAUGUAGUAUCUGCCUUUAGUUUUGGCAGUAUUAAACAGCAGCAACAACAACUGCAUGUACCUGAAACAAUUCCAGAAGUACCUGCUCAAAGUCUUACUAGCCCCACUGUGUUCCGUGAAAGCAGUGGAAGCCAUGAAUCACUCCAUGCAGAUGCAGACGGUGGCACAUCCCCUGACCCAGGUGGUGUUAAAAUGACAGCAUGGAUUCAGUCAACACUUGCUAAAUUAGUUUUGUCAUUAUAUGUUGAUGAUAAAACUGAUUCAAAUGAAGGAAAUGAAUACAAACUUAGUAUUGAUUUGGAAGAUAUUAUGACAUCACUCGACUUACAGCACAUAUACUCAAAACUGAAAUGUAAAGUGGCUUCUGCCAAUGUUCUACAUUUCAAGAGGUCAUCUGCAUCUGAGCAGUGGAAACCGGGUAUAUUUUUAGGAUUAGUGAUGCGAGGUCAGGAUGACAUCAGCACACCACCAUCACCCAUGUCACAUCAGGGUACAGCUGAUGAAGGUGGUGGUGGUUUCCUCAGUAUGACAUUCACUCGAGCACAGUGCACACAUGUGCAUACACAGUGGGGAACGAAUCAUUUGCCACCAGCAAUAACACGCACAGUUCUCCCAUUGCAGGCAAAUAAGUCUAUUUCAGAAAUUGUUAUCAAAAUGCAAGCAGUGGAUUUUUUACUACCACCAGCAGUACUUGGAAUUUUCAUAAAGAUUCUAAUGCCCAUGGUCUCAAUGCCUGCAGAACAUGGCACGACAGAAACUACUGAAGUCGUGGGAAACAAUUGGCUAAAACAUCUGAACAACAGCACACUACCAUUAUUGUAUUUGGACACUCGAGCCAUCCGAGUUAUACUUCCAGCAUGUGAUAUACCUGGAGCUGCCAAUAAUGUCAUGGUUGUGCAGUUAGAUGAAAUCAAUAUCUCUCCACAAGUGAAGAAUCCGUUAGGUCGUUCUCCCUUACGGCCCGACAUCUGGAGGCUAGCUGAACAGUCAAGAAUGUUAGCUGUACCAGGAUCUGAAGUUGAGGAUCGUCAAUAUCAAAUUGAUAUUCAUGGACUUUCUGCCAGUUCAGGUCCAUGGAAUGAAUUGGAAAAAUGCCUUGGUGCUGUAUCUGGUGCUACCAGCCAAGGAUUACGAACUAUGGCAGAAAACCCUGCUCUAGCUUGGAAUAGCCUUGAUUGCCAAGGUACAGGUUGCGACGAUGGAAUAGUUCCUCGUGCAACAUUAUCUCCUGUUCUCACUGGACUGAACUUAUGCAUUGUUCUUGCACCUGCAGUAGUCUAUCGUGGUCAUGUGCUUGUAUGUGGAGCUGCCCUGGAAGUUAAUGCUGUAUCAGAUGUUCUUGUAACACUAAGCACAAGCCAGUUGCUGCUGGCAUCUGCUCUGGCUGCUGAAAUUGUUUUCCUGUUCUAUCCAUUUAUUAAUACUGGUGCAGUGCAUGAAAACUGCCGCCAGCAAGGAAACAUUCUCUCACAGUCAUCGCCAAAGUAUGUGAAGCAGCACUCUCAUAUUGUAUCUCCUAGAGAUAGUGCUGCCCCUAGCAGUGGAUUCCAUGAGGACACAUUUGAUACACAUGCAAGUGGUUUCCAAAUGUAUAAAUCUAGUUCCCAUGUUUCAAUGAAUAUUUCACAGCAGAAGUGCCCAAAUCCUAAAGAAAGUGGCAGAGAAGCUUCAGAUAGAGGCAGUAGCUCCAAUUGGAACAAGGGACAUAUUUCACCUUCUACAGACAAGAUUUACAAUACUGUACCACUGGAAAUACUUUUGACAUCUGGUACUGUUUCCCUGAUCUUGUAUGAUCUCAAUGAAUCUGGAAUCUCGGCAGAAAGUCUGUCAUCACUCUGGCAGAGAAAUUUCAUCAGUCGUGUGACUGGAAAGAUAUUAGAUCCUGAGAAAGAAGGGGAACCAAAAGUAGAUUCAGGUGCCCAUAAAUUUGUAGAUAAAAUUAAACAAAAACCAGUAGUAUAUCCAUUACUGCAUAUAAUCUUUGCUCAACCCCAUACAUUCUUUUCAAAUAAUUUUGAUUCACAGAAAUUGAAUGUUUCUUGUUUUGACUUGAGUGUAAAAUUGGGUAGAGAAGGCACUGCUGUCAGUAAGACAACACCAUCUGUCGAUGAUUUCCCUUUUACUCUUGUGGAAACAAAGGGUGGUGAUCCACAUCCUGAUACAGGUAUACCACCAUCCCUUGUGACUGUGAAAUUGAUGAAACCCAUUAACAGAGCACCAAAGAUUGAAGUAGAUUUGGGAAGACCAGUAAGAUUUUGUGUGAGCAUUCCAACUUUAGAAUUUCUGACCAGAGUUGAAAGGAAACUUGCAGACUGCUUUUUACUGGCUUCAGUGCUGAGCAAUGUCUUAAGUACAGACAGUGCAGAUGGAAUACCAAGCAUCAAUGAACAAACUACAGGUCUCAUCAUAGCACCACUGGGAAGUUCCAGAACUGUGGAGGUGGUGGAAUCAGAAAUGCAAGAGACGAAUGCUGAACGAAGGUCUUGGCAGUUGCCAGGAAGAGCAUCCACUAUGAAUGUGAGAACACAGCAGAUUGUUUUAUCAUUGGAAGUUGGGAUUGGUACUAUGCUAUUAAGCAUUGCUGGAGUGCAAGUUGCACUGAGCUGCAUGUCACGACUCCAAAGCGACAAAGUUGUUCUGAAGACAGCUCUCACAAGCCUGGUUAUGACAGUCUCACAUUUUGGUAGCUCUCCUCGUGUUCUACUUAACCCUUGGAGUUGCACUGCUGAAUGUCAUCUUUUAUGGGACAUGUGGUCCACCUUUCCACAGGCUCAGGUAACAGCUAACUCAGAUUCUAUUUUAAUUGAUGUUGGGCCUGAACAUCUACAAAUUUUACAGUUGUUGAUAAAUGAAUAUCAGCCAUUGCUACAGAAUAUGUCACAAGAUUCUUCUGUGCCAACUAGAAAUGAACACAAUGAACAGUAUUUUGGUAUGUCACCAGUAUCGAGUCAACAUUAUAAGGAUGAUUUGCGUGCAGGAGCUUUUCAGUUUGUAGAAGCAGCUGAAGGUUCUCGUUCUGCUCAAGAGCUGCCCCUCCCAUAUCAGAUAGUAUUUUGGAGUAACCCACCAACAAUGGCUUGGCGUUAUCCGCAACCACGCACAUUGACUAGAGUUGAUAUUUUUCCAGUUCCUUACAAGAUGGCAAGCAAUUCUCACGAAGAGAGUGUUAACUGCAAAGAACAGGUUCUUUGCUCAUUACAAUAUUGGAGUGAUGCUCGUAACAGCUACCAAGAACAUUCACAGUUUCAGUUAUCUGAAUCAGAUAUUUGUCGGCUAAAGUUACCUGAAGAUUCACAUCCUGUUGUUAGCUGCACUUGGAGAGUGCAACUAAUACUUCAAACUGGUGACGAAGAUAGUUUAGUUGCCAAGAAUGUCACUAUUUCACCUCAUUCCCUCGCAGCUUGCAUGAGAGUUGACUCUUUCUUCUCACCAGAACUUGUUCCUCAUAUUCAGCUUGCUGUGAAUGUAACUUCUAUUCAGAUUUCUUUAUAUAAUCACCUCCAGAUAGACAGUCCAUGUCAAAUGAUGCCAGUACCACUACAGGCAUUCACAUGGGAUGGAAAUUUUCCUUCUACGCAGCGCUUUUUCUCUGUCUUACUAGACACUGCAGCUCUAUUCUUCUGCCACUGGAAUUCAGAACAUAGUUCUUUUGAGUUUACUAGCAGCAUUCGUUGUGAUUCAGUUGAUUUUGCAUAUCUGACACAACAAUGCAUUGUAGAGCCUUUUAGAACAAGCUUCCAAAUACAUUUUGGAAAUAGUAAUACAGCAUCACUUGUUAUGAGUCCCAUUAAUAUUAGGCUUGGACCAUCCAUUGGCCAUUCAUUAGGUAUUUCCUCACAGCUUUGGACAGGAAAUUAUGCUGAUAACCCUGAAAGCCAGAACUGUAUCAUAAUUAGUCGAUAUGUAAUUUGUAAUGAUAUGAUGCAGUCCAUAAGAUUUGGUCAAGCAAUGACAGAUGAAGAUAUUUUGCUUGGGAGCAGACAGUGCCACAUGUAUGCCUGGCGCACUCACAAAGCCAGGCAAAUGAUGCAUGUCGGAACAGAGAAUGGUGGUUGGGUGUGGAGUCAGCCAUUUGAAAUUGACAGAGAUGGUACUAAUUUGUGCUGUGUUACAGAAAGUAGCCAGAGAGAAUUCAGCUUGAUUGUGAAGGUAACCUCACUUUCAGCUACUCAAAAACAGGUUGUAAUAUCAGGCCAAUUAAUAAUAACAAACCUUUUAGUGGAACAUUUUGAAUGUAAAGUUUUGCCAGUCGCAGAUGCUGAUGCACCCAUGCAUCCUGUUAGAUCCCUUCUUGUUUGUGGUAAAGAUACUGCUCCUUCUGUUUUACUAGAAGAUGGUAAAAGAGUUGUUUUACGAAUACGUUUUCAUGGUCUUGAAAGUUUAUGGUCUGGAGAUAUUCCAUUGGAGGAAAAUGUAAAAACAAACCAGCCUUGGUUAGUUAAAGUUCCCUUGCAAGAUAAAACUCAGUUUCUCAGUGUAUGGUGUAGGAUUAUAAGACAGCCAAUUGGGAAUGGUGGUAAAAUUUUAGCGGUACUUUCUCCAUUAUUCAUGAUAAGAUCUCAUUUACCACUACCAGCAAAAGUUUUUGUUGAUACACCAGGUUUAAAAGUUCAUCUUGAAUCAAUUAUAAAAGGAAAAGGAGAUGAACAGCAGUUGUAUUGCCCGGGUACUAUUGAACAUACACACAAAUUAACAUUCCAGCUUGAAAACAGUAUUCUGCCUUCUGAUCCUUAUGUACCAUUAUCUUACACUAUGGUAGAUCGUCAACAGUUUCCUAAUAGCACCCUUAGAAAAGGUGUAGAUAUAGAUGUCGUCUUAGACACAGUACACAAUAAACAGGGCAGUCGCUGGCCAUUUGUUGGUGAAGAAUAUGCAGAGCUUCCUUGGGAAACUGCAGAGCAGCCACAGACACAUGUUCAGGUGGAAUAUAAACUUCACAGUCCAUAUUCUGGUACACUUUUAGUAGAUGUUCAACCAUGGGCACUAAUAGUAAAUACAUUAGGAUGUACAGUGAGCUUGGUAAUUGAAGGCUCUGUAAUUUGUAAUAUUCCACACAUUGGAGUUGUAGCUCCCCCUAAAAUGGAAAGUACAUUUGUUCUGUCAUUCCAUUUAAGAACACUAGAGCAUUGCUCCUGUCCUCUUCAACUUGAACAACGAGGAAGAAUUAGUAGUUUCUAUAUGCCACACAUUUCUGGUGUAAUACCCAGUGUAGGCCAUGCACAGAUUCCAGUUCAACAAAGCAAAGUGAUGUGCUUUGCAAAUCUGAAAUCUGACAUCACUGAUGAAAUAAGGAUACUUCAUAUAAGACCCAGCUAUAUAGUAUGCAACCACACAAAUCUUGAGCUCCAAAUGUCUUGUCUGCUUUUGAAAGAAAAAAUUAGUAUGUCAGAAUUUCAUAAUGCUGCUCAAUCUUACAUUGUUGUUCCACCUGAACCACAAGGACCACAAAGUAGAGGUGUUCCAGUUACUGAAUGGACACUUGUUGGUGGUGGAGAAGAUGAAAUAAAUCACUAUGUGUCUUUCAACAAGGGUGGCGGAUGGUGUUGCCCAAUCAAAGUAAUCAAACAAUUUGGCCGUCAUAGCUUUACAGUUCCUGUGAAAGCAGAUGACAAAUGCAAAGAAAUGAAUGAGGCUUUUGUUCUCUCCAUUCAGGUGCUUAGUGACCAAAUAUUUCUACAUGUACACUGUGAUCCACAUCCUCAGAUGAUCAUACAUAACAAAUGCAGUUUCAAACUUCUCUGUGCACAAGGAACAGCGGGAAAUGAUGGUAGUGUUGUUUUUGAAGCAUCACACAUUGAUUGGUUAUGUGAAGUCCACCCAAACAAAUCUUCAUUCUACAGUCUUCCUUACAUAUCAAAACAGUUUCCAAACAUAGUUAAACCAAAUGUUAUGCCACAGCUGGUAUUUGCUUGCUAUAAUGAAGGACUUCCAAAGUGGUCUCAGGGUCUCGAUAUUAUUGAAGUACAGGAACAGUUCUUGUAUCUCCCCAACCAUGGUGAUGUUAGAGUGCACUCAGAAUUUCACUGUCACACGUUGCAUAUCACAGUGGAUACUGUAAGCCAUGUUGAAAUAUCGGCUAGAGACAUACGCAUAAGAUUAAUACAAACACACAUGGAGAAAGUUACUGGAAGUAUAUCAGAUGGCAGCUCUCAUGUCCAACUGGAGACUACUAACAGUGAAUGUGAGGACAGUUACAGAUUAAGUGGUAGUACUUCUGAUACUACUUUCAAUAUAUCUUCUCCAUUGGAAGAAAAAUCAAAAUGUUUAAGACGUAUAAAUUCAGAACAAACUUUAAAGCCAUUAUGCAGUGAUGCAAAAGAUGUUCAACCUGAUACUAGCCCUAAAAAUAGUUUUCUUCUGUCACUCUUUCUAAAAGGACUGAAUAUUAUAUUGACUGAGGAUGUACCAAGUGCAAGUACAAUAACAUCCGAAAUACUUUCUCUGACCUUAGACAAUGUAUGUAUCUCAGCCCAAACAGAAAAAAGCUUUGCAGGACAAGAUGAAUGGCAUAUUUCUUUCAACAUUGGGGAUAUGCAACUUGAUAACCAGAUGUUUAAAUCUGGAGGAUUUGAUUUUCCAGUCAUACUGAUAGGCCAGGCACCAAAGAUGGUCCACUUUACAAAUUUACGUGUCCCAGCUAGUGUACUGAUUAAGCAGACUGAAGAGUAUGCACUCAUAAAAGUGUUUUCUAUUCUCGAAAAGAAACUCACUGGUGAUCUGACUGCAAAAAGUCUAAGAACUUCCAUUGGACCUCUGAGCCUUUACAUUGAAGACAACCUUAAAAUAAAGCUUAUUGAUAAAACAGUAUCCAUUUUUAAUAAAGGCUUAUUUUUCACAGAGAAAGAACAUAGGGCUACACAACAGUCUUCUCACUUGGCAGUAAUUCCAAUUCCACAAGCAAUUGAAUUCCAAGCACAGCAGAUUGCAUUUCCAGUUCAAUUACAGUCUCUCACUAUUGAACCUUUAUCUAUGCUACUAAGUGUUCACAUGACAGCUCCACUUUAUGUAGCUUUGGAUUGUUCUCCACUCCAUUUCACUGCAUUUCAACACCGUUAUCUUGUUACUACACCAUAUCGACUUGGACACACUUUGACAAUGCACUAUCUGUCUGGAGCCAUUUUUGGCGCUGGUUGGGUUGUAGGUUCACUGGAAUUGCUGGGAACUCCAGGUGGCUUUGCUCGCACUGUAGGCUCUGGUCUUUGGGACUUUGUCAACAUGCCCUAUCAAGGCAUUUUCCAGGGGCCUUGGGCAUUUAUUGCAGGUGUUACUCAUGGCUCAGCCUCUCUUAUGAAGCAUGUCACAGCAGGUACUCUUAGCUCUGUUACAAAAUUGGCUGCAAGUUUAGCUCGAAAUUUGGAUCGACUUACCCUGGAUGCAGAACACUUGGAACGCACAGAAGAACGACGAAGGCAGCCACCACAAGGACUAACACAAGGUGUAGUUCAAGGUCUGACAGGACUAGGAAUAAGUUUACUUGGUGCAGUAGGAGGGAUUGCGCACCACCCAUUACAGUCUAUGAUUUUUGGUGGAAAUAUAGCUGCAAGUGUGGGAAGAGGACUUGUAGGGGUUGUUACUAAGCCUCUUAGUGGGGCUGCAGAUUUUGUUGCCCUUGCAGGCCAAGGUCUGCUACAUGGUACUGGGUGGUCAACAGUGUUGCAGAUUCGGCAUCAGCCUUCAGUAGACCCCAUUUGUGGCAGAGUCAACUCUCAUCUUAAAUACAGUUGGAAGUUAGUGUCAGACAUGAGGCAUCCAUUCCUCUAUGUUGUUGAAGCUGUGCAACGCAGUGAAAAUGCUGACAUGGAAGCUGUGACGCUCUUACUUACUGUCCAUGCUCUUUUCUUAAUAAAUGUAGAACAGGAUAAUGUACAAAAAGUGCUCUCACUUUCAGAACUCACCGCUAUUGAGAAAUCUGAUGAUCCGACUCUCAUAAGUUUGUGUUUCCAGCAUCCUGUUGCUUCCAUAGAGACAGAUACUUCAUCUCGUGCAAGGGUUGUGAAUUUUGUGAGACAAAGUGGUGGUCUUGUGACAAGUGCCAGUGAUUGUAGUCCAUCAGAUUCAGGUUCAAGUAAUUCAUGUGGUUUUGUAAAAGUAGAACCUCGGACCUUCCAGACUGUCUUAACUUUUUUUGUGAAUCCACAGCAAAGAGAUUAUUUAAUAGCACUUUUGACUAUUAUUAAAAGACAGUGUCAAGGAAGAGGAUUUCCAGUAUUGUGAAAGAAGUUUGGAAUAAUUGUCUGUGCUUUCCAUCUUGUCUGAGAAGUUUGUAUUAUAAGAUAUUAAAUUUUGCCAGUUGUUUGUUACUGUAACAUAAAUUUUCUGUUAAUACAAUUUUUUACAAAAUAUAA